AUGUAUUCGACUUCGUUGUUGGUGGCGCUACUACAGCUCAGCACUGCCUCGUGGGCGCGAAGCGUGGUCCGGACUCCUGCCAAGAGGCAAUCAUUUGAUUUCAUCAAUAUUACACAAUACAACAGCACGCCGACACCUGUUGAGGUCAGCAUAGCUCUCAAUGCUGCUGGUAGGAACGAGACAGCUCCUCUGCUCUAUGGCUGGAUGCACGAGGACAUCUCCCAUUCUGGAGAUGGAGGUCUCUACGGCGAGGCUCUUGUAAACCGUGCUUUCCAAGGCUCAGGGUCCAUCAUCGGUCCUGUACCAGGAAUCCCAGGCAGCAGCGUCCAAUAUUCGGAGAAUCCAAUCCUGCCAUGGGGCCCCGUCAUUACCGGCUGGCAAGGGAUAGGCGGUGUCAACCUCAGUCUGACGCUGCUUCAUCCGCUAUCCGAUGCCUUACCGGUGGCUUUGCAAAUGGACAUUCCAUGGGAUGUCACUGGCGAAGUCGGGAUCCUGAAUGAGGGCUGGUGGGGAAUUGAUGUGCGUCCGGGGACAUACAAUGCUUCGUUCUACAUCUUGUCCAACAAGCCCCGAAAUAACGGCAGCCUGUCUCAUAUUGACGUCUCACUGAGGUCAAAUUUAACCGACGACGUAUGGUGUACUUCGACUAUCCCAUUCAGUGAAGGCCAGAAUGUCUCGAGCUUUGAAUGGACGCAGUACGAGGUUGAACUGGAUAACAGUGUCAAAGCACCAAACUCCAACAAUACCUUCGCCAUCACCUUUGAUGCAAGUGAAGUCGCUGGGAACACGUAUUACUUUUCACUGCUCAGUCUCUUCCCCGAGACCUUCAACGACCGUCCCAACGGUAUCCGGAAAGACCUCGGCCAGGCCAUUGUCGAUCUCGGCACGAAAAUCCUACGGUUUCCUGGGGGCAACAACAUCGAGGGAUACAGUAUCGACCAACGCUGGAAAUGGAACGAGACAAUCGGUCCUCUCAAAGACCGCAAAGGGCGCGUCGGCGACUGGGGCUACACCAACACCAACGGCCUCGGGCUGAUGGAGUACCUCCAGUUCUGCGAGGACGGCGGCAUUGAACCCGUCCUGGCCGUCUAUGCCGGCUUCUCCCUGGACAUCUGGGGCCAAGACGGUGUCUCAUUCCCCGAGGACCGCAUGGGUGAUGUCCUGGCCGACAUUUUGAAUGAACUCGAGUACAUCACGGGCGACGCGAGCACAACGACGUACGGAGCUCUCCGGGCAUCUCACGGGCGCACCGAACCUUUCAGGCUGAACUACGUCGAAAUCGGCAACGAAGACUGGUUCAGCUCGACGUAUCCGUACAGGUUUCCGAUCUUGUAUCAGGGCAUCAAGCAGGCGUACCCGAACCUCACGCUGAUUUCGACGGCGUACAACGAAAAUGCCGACUACAACAUUUCGAUCCCCGCGGGCGGCAUGUGGGACACGCACCACUACGAAGAGCCCACUUACUUUCUGUCGCACUUUGACUAUUGGGACAAUUGGCAGUCGGCCACGAAUAACACCGGCGUGACCGUGUUUGUGGGCGAGUAUUCCGUGUUCCAGGUCGACACGCCUGACGGGGUGGUCAAUUUCAGCAUGCCGCUGGGCCAGCACAUUUUCUAUCCGACGCUGAUGGCCGCCAUCGGUGAGGGGGUGUACUUGUUGGGCGCGGAACGGAAUCCCAACGUCGUCAGGAUGUCGAGUUAUGCGCCCAGUCUGCUGAAUCUGAACUGGCAGAAUUGGACGCCGGAUCUGGUCGCCUUCACGGCGAAUCAUGAUGAGACCGUGCUGAGUGCCAGUUAUUAUAUGCAGCAAGUUUUUGCGCGGUAUCGAGGACACCAGACUUUGCCGGUUACGACCGUGGAGGGGGAUUUUGAUCCGUUGUGGUGGGUUGCGACGGUCACCGAGGAUGACGCCGCUGCGACGGUGUACUUCAAGGUCAUUAAUUCGGGGAAUGCUAGUGUUCCAUUGACGGUGGGCUUUGAUAGGGGGUUCAAUGAGGUGAAUGGGACGAUUCUGACACACCCCGAAAUCGGGGCGUUCAAUUAUCUGGGCAACGCGACGGCCGUGUCGCCUGCGCCGAUCACGAAUCUGCCUUCUGUCACUGCAGCAGCUGCAACAGCCUCCGCCGCCGCCGCCGGGCAAGGAAAUGGACAGGGAGAGGGACAGGGAGAGGGAGAGACAACGUUCAAUUGGGCUGUGCCGCCGUGGUCGAUCAAUGUGCUGGAAUUUCGGAUGUCCUAG